CACACACACAAACACACACAUACUCACACACACACAUUACAUUCUAACUGCUACUGAAAAAGUUCCACAGAUCACUAGCUGUCUCUCUUUCUCGGACUAAAAAUGCUCGUCCUGUUGGUGUCCACACUGCUCUUCUCAGUCUCCAGAGCUGAGGAGUCUUUGUUCGUGCGUAAGGGAGGCUCUGUUCAUCUGGAUGUGCAGGGGUAUGAAAAACUGCAGUUUCAGACCAUUUCAUGGACUUUUAAUUCUGAAAGACUAGUGGAUUUCAUUCACAAGAUUGAACAUCUGGAAACAUAUGGUAAUCGUCCCAGGGUAGAAUUUGAUCAAAAGAACUUCUCUCUGCUGCUGACGAACGUGCAGGAAAGCGACAGUGGGAAUUACACAGCAGAGAUAAUUAAUAAACAAGAGACCAGCAGUGUUGCUACCUACAGGCUCAUAGUUCAAGAGGCCCCGCCCACACCCGAGGUGGGAGUGGUGUUACUCUCCUCUGCUGGAGGGUUCUGUAACGUGUCAGUGAACUGCUCUGCUAAAGACACCUGGGCCUGCUACAUCUGUGACCACGCCCACUGCACACAGGUAGCAAAUACAACCUCGCCGACAGGAGUCAACAUCAUCGUCAUGGCAACUAACGGGACCAUCCACUGCAGCAGCAGUAACCGGGUCGACAUAAAGACGCGAUCAGAAUCCAUAAAGGACUUCUGUCCUCCAGUAACACCAUCUCCUGGCCUCUCACCGUGUGCGCUAAAGUCAGUGCUUGUCUCCCUGGGUCUGGUUGCCAUGGUUUCAGCUGUCAUCAUCGUUAAUGCCAGAGAGAGGUGCUGCAGAGAUCAGUGAGGACUGAGACAGAAGAAUAAAUUUGUCAGAGGGGAGGAGAGAAUUAACAUCUGAAAUAACUGUGUGCGUGUGCGUGUGUAUGUA